AUAAUAUAAGGCUACGACGAGUCAACAAGAGUGAGGAAAAUCACGGGGAAAAAAACUGCGGAGAAGAAGAGAGAGGAAGCGAGCGCUGCAGCAGCAGCAAGGUGAAGAUGCGCGCGGACUGCCUCUAGGUGGCGGCGGCGGAAGGGAGCUUCGUCAGACAAGGGGGCCUGCCUUCAUACGUACGUACGGCUGGGGCCUUCGUCCGUGCGCGCGCAGCCAGUUCCUCGAUCUACCGCCAGUUCUAUCUGGUAGGACUAGAAGAAUCUCUCCGGAGAAGUUGCUGCCCUUUGUUGUUCAGUACGUUUGCCUCAAUUUUUGAAUUCUGGAGAAGAGCUGCAUCUGUUCACUGUCAAGAUGUCCAUUGAAGAAAGGAAAUUAAAUUUGAUAAACAAGACCACUGCAUUAAAUCCUAAUGCGGUGGAGUUUGUUCCUUCAUGCCUUAGAUCUGUGAGCGAUGCUUCAAACAGAUCCGACACAACCAAGAUUCUUGUCUCAGGGUCCUCGAAGGAUACCAGUGCAGACAAACCAGAGUCCGCUGUACCAAGUAACCCUGAUGAAGAAGCACAUCGGUACUGGCAAGACCAGCUUCCAGAUGAUAUUACCCCUGAUUUCAACGUUCUUGGACAAGAUGAGACUCCUGGACAUGACAGUCUUUCACUCACGGGCUUGUCAAUGAAUGAUGGAUUUGCUUCUUCAUUAUUUUCUCCAAACCACACACCGAGAAUGCAGCACCAUGCUUCUCCUUUCGUUAGGGACGCACUAGGUGUGCGAGCAAAGAUUGAAUUUCCUGGCCUGGAACAGCCACAAGGCACUAUUAUGAGUCCAACUGCAAGUACUAUGAGCCCAACUGCUGCUCCCUGGGUAAAGACAGUAAGAAAUGGUGGACAAUAUGGUGGUGCAAACAGAAGGGAUGCUAGUCACUACAAUGGAGAUUCGAGCAUUGGACCCCCACUGCAGUCUGAUGCUUAUUACAGAAACCGACGUAGCUUUAGGUCAACUAUGGACAUCAUGACUCAGCUGGAGCAGAAUAAAGUUGAUGGACGACUCAAUCAGAAUCUCAGGUCACUGUCAUUUGGACAUUCAAGUCCUCCAUCACCAGUAUCAUAUACUCAAAAUGGUCUUGUGAACUAUAACAAAGAGGCCUUUGGUCUGCCGCCAAACAGUACAUAUAGAUCUCAUUCAGCUAUAUUCACAGAUGAUAUGGUUUCACCUUCAGCUGGCCGGGAACGUUUAUCCCUAGAUUCUCCAAGAGGGAGGUACAAGACAACUAAUUUGCCUGUUCUUGGUCUUGGUUCAAGCAGAGGUUCUCAGAUGUUGGGUGGCUCAUACAAUGGUAAUCAUGGUAUGGUCUCAAACAAUACACUGCAAAACGCUGCUGGAGUUCAAACAGGACCAACUUGGCUCGAAACAGAUGCUACGGCGAGCAUGUUUUCGGAAAAGGAUGACAUUCAUGAUUUUGCAAGUCUAAGACAUGCACUUCUUGAACAGCAGGAUAGGCAAGCUUUUCUAACUGGUGGCAAUCCUUUAGCAAAGGAACUAAAUAUUAAGGAGCUAUACUCUAUCCAAAGCAGAUUAGAUCAGGAGAAGGCUAGAGAAACUUUAUAUCAGCAGAGAUUCCAAAUGCCAGAGUUGCAAGGUCUCAUCCAGGAGCAGAAUCCCCCCAUCGACCUUUGUGGUCUUCAUGCAAGCGAGGCGAUGCAAGUCCUGAACUAUGAACUCAACAACCGGAGGAAGAUUGCUCGCUCCACCGGCCGCAGACUCCAAGCCAUCAUAAUUGCAAGCGCCCGGACCCCUGCAAGGAUGACCGCUGCUGUGGAGCAGUACCUGAUGGAGCACGGCCUUCAGUACACGCAGGCGCAACCAGGCAUCUUCCGCGUCCUGCUGCAGUGAAGUACUAGCAAGAUGUCGGCAGGCUCUAGAUGUUUGUUGGACACGAUCUGAUGAAAGAAAGAAAAGACAAAAAAAUGACCUGUACUUCUGUAUAUGGCAGAGAUGAGUAGCAGAAUAGAAAAUGAUACAGCAACAAUAGUUGGUUGUAAUGUCGGUAUAUCAAGUUUUUUGUCAGCAAAUAUGUUGUAAAAUUUGCGGAAUUAGGUGAUAUGUUCUUUCACAUUGAUUGUGGAAGUGUUGCAUCUCA